AUUACCAGUGGGCGGCCCCUUCCCGGCUGAGCUCCAGCCCCGGGGCGGUCCGAGCGCCGCCCCGCGCGACGGCUUCCCAGUGCGCCGGGCGUCUCGCUCGUCUGCUCCGCCGCCACCAGCUGCUGGCCGCGUCCGCGCCCGGCAUGGCUGGCAAAGCGCACAGGCUAAGUGCUGAGGAGAGGGACCAGCUGCUGCCAAACCUGCGGGCCGUGGGGUGGAACGAGCUGGAAGGCCGGGAUGCCAUCUUCAAGCAGUUCCACUUCAAAGACUUCAAUCGGGCUUUUGGCUUCAUGACAAGAGUGGCUCUUCAGGCUGAGAAAUUGGACCACCAUCCUGAAUGGUUUAACGUGUACAACAAGGAAAUGAACCUGAAAAUACAAAGUUCUGGGAGACUUAGCACAGGGGUCUGAAUGGACUUCAGUCAAAGGCUAAAAGCAUUAAAAAGAAGACAGAUUUAUGGACUUCCCUGGUGGCACAGUGGUUAAGAAUCCGCCUGCCAGUGCAGGGGACACGGGUUCGAGCCCUGGUCUGGGAAGAUCCCACGUGCCGCAGAGCACCUAAGCCCGUGCGCCACAACUACUGAGCCUGCGCUCUAGAGCCCGUGAGCCACGACUACUGAAGACCGCACACCUAGAGCCCAUGCUCCACAACAAGAGAAGCCACCGCAGUGAGAAGCCUGUGCACCACAACAAAGAGUAGCCCCCGUUCGCCCCAACUAGAGAAAGCCCGUGCGCAGCAACGAAGACCCAAUGCAGCCAAAAAUAAAAAAUAUAUACAUAAAUAAAUAAAUUUAUAUAUUAAUAAAAGACAGAUUUAAAUGAACCACAUGGAAAAAUUACCAGAACACGAUGUUGAGUUAAAAAAAAACAAAAGAAAAAAGCAAAUAGCAGAACAACAAAAACAAAACGAAAGGUAUGGGUAUUAAUCAGCAGAGCAAUUUUUUUUUUUUAAAGAUAACUUCAUGGGAAAGGAAUAGAAGGAGGACAGAAAUUAGAGACAAAAAUUUUAGUUAAGAGGACUGUUGAAAUAGUCCAAGGGAGGGGCUUCCCUGGUGGCGCCGCGGUUAAGAAUCCGCCUGCCAAUGCAGGGGACCCGGGUUCUAGCCCUGGUCCGGGGAGAUCCCACAUGCCGCGGAGCAGCUAAACCCGUGCGCCUGUGCCACAACUACUGAAGCCCGCGCACCUAGAGCCUGUGCUCCGCAACAAGAGAAGCCACUGCAAUGAGAAGCCCAUGCACCGCAACAAAGAGUAGCCCCCGCUCACCGCAACUAGACAAAGCCCGCACACAGCAACAAAGACCCAAUACAGCCAAAAAUAAUAAAUAAAUAAAAUUAAUUAAUUAAUUUUUUAAAAAAGUCCAGGGGAGAAAUAAACUGGGUUUCACCUUAAGCAGUAUGGUAUCUGGGCCAAAACAUGGUAUGGAUUUGAACAACAUUUUUAGAACAGUGUUUGAUAACUUAUUAGAUAUAGAAAGUAUGGAGUGGGAAAAAUACAGAUAAUUCCAGAUUUUCAAGUUUGAGAGACUGGCUUAGUGGUGACAGCAUUAACCAUGGCAGACUAGAAGAGGAAGGGAAGCUGAGGAUGGCAGAGGAGAUUCUGAGAACAAGAUAAUGCUGUAGGUUUAUGUUCCUGAUGGAUAUCUACAUGCAAUGUUCGAGGACAGCAUGAAAGAUCAGAAGGAGGACGGGUGCUCAACUAAUGUUUGUUGAAAGCAUUUAUACACUUAGCAAUUAGGCUGCAGUAUAAGGUAAUUAGCAUUAGACAAGUACUGGGUUCCCAGAGGGCUAUCCAUGGAAACACAGUUUAUCUGCAACCCCCUCAUAGUUCUUGGUGGCCAUUCCCUAGAGCCCACUGUUGCUAUCAACAAUCUCAAUCCUGCACAGCAGUGGCAGUGCUGGUCAAGACCAGAGAAAGACCAGAGGAGUCUACCAUCAUUGAAGGUAUGUCAUAAUUUCAACUAUUAUAGAGAAUCUUCUAGUGUUAAAGCUGUGAUCAAACCAAAUGGUUGAAUGGUGUGUAUGAAUGGGAUGACGGAAGAACAAUCAUACAGAUCAGCUUUUCCUCUGGUGAUUCUAGUUCCUGGUUCACCCAGAAAAUAGAGGUUACCAAUUGCAAAAGAUGACUGUAGAUAUUAUCACAGCACUGACUAAACAAACGAGUAACACAACUAGUAUUAGGGAAAGAGCAAAGAAUCAGCACAUGCAAACUACUUCCAUUUUUAAAAAGCCUAUUAAGAUAUGAAGGCAUUCCUUGCUAACAUUUACAAAAUUAUAUUCAGCGAAAGUAUAUUUUCUUUGUAAUUGCUAUGAGAAGAUAAUGGGAGUCCUUGAAUAUAUCUCCUUAAGAGGAGAUAUAGAGAAACACCUCUCAAGGAGAUCUAUUUCUAUAUUCUCUUACUCCAGUGACAGAAUGAUACUGUACUUGGAGGGGUCCUAGCAAGCUUUUUGAAUGGGCAACCAGUGGGUCACAGAAAUUAUAUCUCCUGGCCUCAUUCCAAGGUUCUUCUAGGUUACUACAAACAACCUAGGCUCAGUCCCAACAAAGAAGCACCUCACAACACUGACAACUCGCUGCACUAUAGGGCUCUGUGGGGUAUCGUGUGCUAUCUCCUUGGAAAAAAGGAUGAGGCAGUUCCUUGGGGCCUUGCAACCAGCAGCAACCCCAGGCUGGGUUCUGAUGCAAUAGUCCAGCCCUGGGGAAGUAUACAAUCUAAAUGUUGAAGAGAACUUUAGAGAUCAAGCCCACAUUUUCAUUUUACAGAGGCCCCGAAGCAGCACGGCGUACCUCACUCAGCUCAUGCAGACGGGCUUGUGUCAGAGUGGAGAGUAGGAACCCACGCCUCCUGCCAGUAUUUAGUACUCUUUCAAUGCUUCAUUCUCAGUGUCACAGGCAGAGGAUCACUAAACACAUUACAAUCCAGCGCUAUCCCAAGAAUUUUCUUUCCACAAUUUAUGCUCCUGGCAGAAUAUACCUUGGAUAUAUGGUAACAUACAACAAACCAAAAUUGUACUGCUAGGUCAUGACUACAGAAAAAACAUCCAGACAGAGAUGGCACGAGAACGUAAUAUAAUUAUAAUUACUAUUUCCCACCGCAUCUUUCUUCUUAUAGAAAUAUAUUUUGUCUAUAUACACUUGCAUAUUUAUUUAUAAUUACAAUACUUAGGCUUCUGUCUAUUUCAACUUAAUCUCUACAUUGUGUCUCUGGAAAUACAAGAACCAUAAGUGGUCAUCUAUGAAGGCCACUAGCUUAUUGUGCAACUCCAGGCAAAUUAUUUCACCCACCUGUGCCUUCAUUUCUUUAUCUAGAAGGGACACAGAAUAUUCACAAAAUAAAGUGUCUGUGUACAUGUGUGUCUGUGUACAUGUGUGUCUGUGGGUAUGUGUGGGUGUUUGUGGCUGUUUAUCUCUAAUAUCUGCUUAACAGAAAAGUAGUUUUGGUAAAACUUCCACAAAAAAAAGCAUUCUUUCCUUCACACUUCUAUAAAAUUGGAAAUGUAUUCCCCUAGAGGAAAAAAACAAAAUACUUUGCCCAAUGAAUGUAUAUAAAAUGAUAGUAAGAAUACCAUAAAUCUUUUAAAAGUAUAAUAUUAAAGGAAAAAAUAUCAACUUUAGUGUGAAGAUUUAAAAUAUUAACUACUUUGAAGAAGCUACUGUCAAAUAAGGAUGAAUAAAGUAACCAGACUUUCUCUUUUUAUUCAUCCCACUUCAAUCUAAAGAUUUAGGUUUUAACAGAUACCUAAAAGACAUCAAAAUAGUACUCAAUAAUCCUAAUCAUUACUAGACAAAAGGCAGCUGGUGGAAUGUAUGGGAGCUUGGUAGCCUACUAUUCUCAUACUGAACCCUCUCACCCCCCAAAUCACUUCAAGGGAGCAAGACACUUCCGUGAACAUGAUAGUAGCAGUCUACAAAUUUGGUAAAUUUGGGGCCUGCCACUUUUUUUUUUUUUUUUUUUAAGCAUAUGGUUUGGGCUUUUUUGGCUGUGUUGGGUCUUCAUUGCUGCGUGUGGGCUUUCUCUAGUUGUGGCGAGCGGGGGCUACUCCUUGUUGUGGUGCACGGGCUCCUCACUGUGGUGGCUUCUCUUGGUGCGGAGCACGGGCUCUAGGCACACAGGCUUCAGCAGUUGUGGCUCACGGGCUCUAGAGUGCAGACUCCAUAGUUGUGGCACAUGGGCUUAGUUGCUCCGCGGCAUGUGGGAUCUUCCUGGACCAGGGCUCCAACCCGUGUCCCCUGCAUUGGCAGGUGGAUUCUCAACCACUGCGCCACCGGGGAAGUCCCAGGGCAUGUCACUUUUUAGACCAAAGAGUUUCAAACUUUUCCAAUACAGUCCCACAGAAAUGUAUUUUACAACACAAACUAGCACGCACAGCAACAGAAAGAUAUAAAACCAAAACAAAAAUUUCCAAAAUAAUACUUAACACCUUAUUACUUGUGAUACACUUACAUUUCUUUUCUAUUUCUUCCUUCUUUUUUCAAAGGCUUGGCCCACUAAAUUGAUUCUGCAUCCCUCUAAAUGGAUCAUGACCUUCAGUUUUAAAACCAGUGUGUUACAGUGGUUUCACUCCUGGCUUCCUUAAAUUUAGAAUGCGGUUCUGUAAUGCAGUGAAGGGAGUUAACACUAAGGUUAUUUUCCACUCAACACAAUCUCAGUGCUUUUUAUACUUAGGAUUUAUUCUCUUAACAUUUUUGUGAGGCCAGGAUUAUGACGUGAUGGAGUGACUCAGUCCAGGAAACUCAGAAUUCUCCAAUCACAAGAUACUUUCCUAUCAGUACUAGCCCACGGUUCUCCCCAAUGAUAAUAAACUCUUUCAGUCCUUAAAUCACUUCAAGAGAACAAGAUUCUGUAAGCAGACUUCCCAUAAUGGCACUAUCCACACCCCCAUUCCCCCGAAAAAAACUUCUUUGAGAACUAUUACUGUACUUAACCAACUGCCAAUUAGGCAGUGAUAAUUUUCCCCCAUUAAAUGUCCUUAAUUACCAACUUAUACCAGAAGAAACAUUGUAAAAAUGACUAUCACUGAAAGAAGACAUUUCCAGACCCACACUGGAUGGUGCUUCUUUCCUCAAUAAUAACAAUCCCUUCACCAUGAUUUAAUGGGGGCUAACCAGUAGAACGCAUCAAAAUCAGCCAAGGAGCUUUCUCCAGAACACUCCACCCCAGAGGUUUAGUAAGUACAGAGUGGAGCCCAGAAAUAUAUAUUUUGGAAAACUUCCCCCAGGUGAUUGUGACAGACAUCCUUGCUUGGUUAAGAACCCUUUCUCUACACCACAACAUGGCCCCUACUCUCCCCAUCCCCUUCUUUGAUAAAAGAAUUACCCAAUAAUUGAGUUAACAUAUUACUAGACGGGGGUAAAAAGACAUCCACCAAGUUUUACUGUAAGUGUUAAAGUUGGGGCCCAGCCACAUCAAUCCACAGAUCAAUGCAUUACUCAUGGCUAAUAUUUAUUCUUUGGCCAGAUACUAAAGAAAAUCAAAAUCUUCCACUCUGCAAUGCUACAGAGAAAAAAAGGAUUUUGUUUUCCUCUUCCUUCCACUUUCUUCACCUCUAAUACAAGUGCACAAUUCAACACUCAAAAGAGUUUUUCCAGAAGAGUCAGAAAUCUGAGCUUUAAAGCAGGAAUGGGCUGUUGAGGAAAAGAAAAACCUGUUUUACCCAGUUCAUCCACGCCUGAAUGUCUUCAAAUCAAAUGGUACUCUAGUGACUGAGACUCAGGUAAGGGAGUGAAGUUAAAAUACAGAAGAAAGCCUAAAAGUUAAGUAUUUAUUCUUACUCUACUUCUGCUCUAAAAAUGGGAAAAAAAUGAACUGAAUCUGAUUCUCUUUCAUAUUACAUUCUGCAGAACUUCAAAGUGCAAAGCAAACAGGUAAGAAAACACUAUUGUCUUUAGAGCCUCAAAAGGCAUUAAAGUUUAUCAGCAAAAACAGAUCACAAGCUCAAAGGGAAAACUCCCUUGGGUCAUUAAAGAAGUAAGAAUUGUGCAAUAAACCAAACAGUCAUUCCAACCAACCAACGGUGACUGUGUGAUAUAGAAAUGUUUAAAGGGACCGAGUCAUCAUUUCUUAGGAGGUAAAGAGCAAACCAUAUACUUCCCCCAAAAUUCUACUAUGUAAGUCAAAAGAUCCAGUAUCUGAGAAGCUCAUCUCAAAAAGCUUAACUGUCCACAUUUCCCUUCCAGCCAUGCCUCGAGUCAAGUAUACAUGCUCAGUACUAGUUCACAAGCACUUACAAAGUCUAACUGCUCUACACUUAACACUGGAGUAUUUGGGCAAAGCACCCGGUCACUGAGACACAAUCUUGGCCUCAGAAAGGAGAGACAGCCAUGCAAUGUUCUCCAGUCAUUAGGCGUGCACUCACAGAAAAUCAAGCUCCUGGGUUCAUAAAAGUGGGCAGCCCCGAAGACUGCCAAAUGGUUGCUGAGAACUUUUUAUUCGUUUACUUAUGGUCAGGACCAUAAGUCUGUCUUCAAGUGAAGACAGAUGCUGAUUCUGUCAACUAACAACUCUGAGCACCUCUCUUCUGAUGUCUAUCAAGAAAGGCACUACAGGGAGCUUAACCUAGCAGAGAAGACUGAAAUGCAUAAAACUAAGUUGAACAAGCAGAGGAACAGGCUGAGGGAUGUAGAGCUAAGGGCAAUCAUGGGUUUUCUUGGUAAAUACAUUCUCAGCCUGAAGGAAGUAGGGAAGAUGUGGGGAAAAAGUACUCUGCAACCUGAACAUGUCAUGUUGCCAAAUUUGCUAUGAACUCCCAGAGUCUCUUAAAGUCAGUAGCUAAAUGACUUACUGUACACGUGCACAGAAGUUACCUUUCAAAGUAAAAGAGGUUCAUUAUCCUCUGAAGACUGGAAAUGAGAACCCCCUGGAGGAUAAGCAAGGUCUAGUGGAAAUAAUCCUACGUUCUUCACACACAAAGGAGAAGUCUUGACUUCCCUGAGCAUACCACAACUGGGGAAGAAGUUGUCUAGGCUUCUCCCUUCCUGUACUUCUUUUACUAAUAGGAUUAUCUAGCUACCCUUGUCAGAGUUAAGAUAGCUAGACUUUUUUUUCUAGAAAAGCUAGACUUUUCUAAACUAGUUAUAGAAAUCCCCUCCCUUCAAUAGUCAUGCUGAUAUUAGAGAUGAGAAAUACUGAAUAUAUGCCCAAAAGUGUAACCUAAGUUAAGAUGCAAAGCCUACUUCUCUGGAGAUUUCUAACAAAUAAUCCUGUUCAAAAGAAUAAACCAGAGACCUAUCCCUGGGUCUCCGACUGAUACUCAAUGGAUACAAACAUUUUUCUAAAUCUAGUCACAAAGGAGAUGCUUUUUAAAACUGAAGUAAAACUCUAAAUUUAAAAUUAACACUUGGAAGACUUUCAGACUUUUUGGAUAAUCUGUUGAAAGUGCAGGCAAAAAUGUGUGUUUCCAGUGGAAAAUCAUACAUUGUCUAGGACAUCCCUCUGAUUCUGAUUAUAUAGCAGUUAUUUUACAAGUCUGGAAGUUGUAGAUAACUGAUAGCAAUGCAAACUGAUCUUAAUCUAUAAACAUAUAAAGUCUGCCAAGUCCAGUAAAGGUUCAAAUGACCUCCCUCUCCACUAUGAAAGAAACUAGUUUUGCCUCCAUUUGCAUACUUAUUUUAAUAUUCCUGAUCUAUAAAUGUAUCUGUUCUUUGGACUUCUCCUUUGAACACUGUAAGUAAAAUAAAGUGUGUAUUCAUUUCCU